AUGGAGCGGGUGAGCGAGGCCGCCGCCUGCGGCCCCUCGUCGGGCUGCUACACCUACCAGGUGAGCCGGCACAGCGCCGACGUGCUGCACAGCCUCAACCAGCAGCGCAAGAACGGCGGCCGCUUCUGCGACGUGCUCCUACGCGUCGGCGACGAGAGCUUCCCGGCGCAUCGCGCCGUGCUGGCCGCUUGCAGCGAGUACUUCGAGUCGGUGUUCAGCGCGCAGCUCGGCGACGGGGCAGGUGGUGGCGGCGGCGGAGCGGAGGGGAGCGCUGCGGAGGCGGCGGCCGGCGGGGCUGCGGCGGCGGCCGGCGGAGCCCCCGGGGGCGGGCGGGAGCUGGAGAUGCACACCAUCAGCUCCAAGGUGUUCGGAGACAUCCUGGACUUCGCCUACACGUCGCGCAUCGUGGUGCGGCUGGAGAGCUUCCCGGAGCUCAUGACGGCCGCCAAGUUCCUGCUGAUGCGCUCUGUGAUCGACAUCUGCCAGGAGGUCAUCAAGCAGUCCAACGUGCAGCUCCUCGUGCCCCCCGCACGCCCUGACAUUAUGCUAUUCCGUCCGGGUGCUGCUGACCUCGGCUUCCCUCUUGACAUGACCAACGGUGCCACUUUGGCACCCAAUGGCAAUGGCAUUGCUGGCAUGCCUGAAGACGAGGCCACGCGGGCUGCGCUCACUGCUGCGCAGUCCUCCCUACCUGUCCUGCAGGGUGUGGACCGCCUGCCCAUGGUGGCAGGACCUCUAUCCCCACCACUGCUGGCCUCACCCUUCCAGAAUGUUGCUGCUAGCGCCCCCACUUUAAGCACCAAGAGGGGCAGAGGGCGCCCCCGUAAAGCCAAUCUCUUGGACUCCAUGAUGUUUGGUACCCCAGGGGGCCUGCGAGAGGCUGGUAUCCUGCCUUGUGGUCUCUGUGGGAAAGUAUUCACGGAUGCUAAUCGUCUUCGGCAGCACGAGGCUCAACAUGGGGUGACAAGCUUACAGCUGGGCUACAUAGACAUCCCACCCCCACGACUGGGUGAAAAUGGUGUUCCUGGUCAGGAUGACCCCGACGCACCUCGAAAAAGAAGCAGGACGAGGAAACAGGUGGCCUGUGAGAUCUGUGGCAAGAUUUUUCGGGACGUGUACCACCUGAAUCGGCACAAGCUGUCACACUCUGGCGAAAAGCCUUACUCUUGUCCGGUGUGUGGCUUGCGGUUCAAGCGAAAAGACAGGAUGUCCUAUCAUGUUCGAUCGCAUGAUGGCUCUGUGGGAAAGCCCUACAUCUGCCAGAGCUGUGGAAAAGGCUUUUCCAGGCCAGACCACUUGAAUGGACACAUCAAACAGGUGCAUACCUCAGAGAGACCUCACAAGUGUCAGACUUGCAAUGCUUCCUUUGCCACGCGUGACCGGCUGCGCUCACACCUGGCAUGUCAUGAAGACAAAGUUCCAUGCCAGGUGUGUGGGAAGUACUUGAGAGCAGCAUAUAUGGCAGAUCACUUGAAGAAGCAUAGUGAAGGACCAAGCAAUUUCUGCACUAUCUGUAACCGAGGUUUCUCCUCUGCCUCCUACUUAAAGGUCCAUGUUAAAACCCACCACGGUGUUCCCCUUCCCCAGGUCUCCAGGCACCAGGAGUCCAUCCCGAAUGGGGGAGCAGCGUUCCACUGCGUCAGGACCUAUGGCAUCAAAGAAGGCCAGAAAUGUUCACAUUCGGACCCGAUUGAGAGUUCUGAUUCAUAUGGAGACCUCUCUGACACCAGUGACCUCAAGACUCCUGAGAAACAGAGCACCAAUGGGUCCUUCUCGUGUGACCUGGCAGUCAGCAAAAACAAGAUGGAGAUGGAAGGAGAGAAGAAGUACCCGUGCCCCGAAUGUGGCAGCUUUUUCAGAUCGAAGUCUUAUCUGAACAAACACAUACAGAAAGUGCACGUCAGAGCCCUUGGUGGUCCACUGGGGGACCUGGGUCCUGCUCUGGGAUCCCCCUUCUCACCCCAACAGAACAUGUCUCUCCUGGAGUCGUUCGGGUUUCAGAUCGUCCAGUCAGCAUUUGCAUCAUCCCUAGUGGAUCCAGAGGUCGACCAGCAACCAAUGGGGCCAGAGGGGAAAUGAGAUCACUUGGAUCUUAACAAAGCAAAGCAGCAGUCUGGCUAUAAUGAUAAGAUGCUGUGAAUGAAAGAGGAAAUAAUGAAAUUUGGUUCUAUAGCUGAGAAAUUUUUAUUCAUUUUAGCUUCCUUCUUUGUCUCAUGCCCUACCCCACCUUUAAACCUUCACUGGGGAGAGGGAGAAAAUGCUUCGUUAGCUGAUAAAUUACAGAAGAUGGUGGCCUUGAAUAGGAGACAUGACCCAAAACAAAUGGAGCUUUAGAGGCUGCUGGUGGUGUUUUCUUUGUGUUCUUUGAGAGUAAUCAAAAGUUACCAGCACUGGUCUGAGAAUGAGACAGACCUAGUGACCGAGGCGCCUGGGAAGCUGCAGCUACAGGGAGCUGUGAUUUUAUUCUCUCUCUAUUCCCCUGCCCUCCCUAAACUCCCCCAGAAAAACAGUAAGUUUAAAAAACAGACCCAUUAUUGAAUAUAACAUUAAUUAAAAUGCCCCAUGGUUCCUAGCAGGUUACAAUGUUACAAUGCAGUUAUCCUUUUAAAACCAGAAACAUUUAAAGAAGGUGAGAGUAUUUGAUCCCCUUCUGCCUUCGUGAGGCAGUGAGUGCUGGAGCAGGACUGAACUGCUGAGAAAAAUCACCUUUCAGAACAGGUUGUUUUUAUUACUUUUGACCAUUAAACUUGCUGUCAGGUUUUUAAUUCUUUAUUAUUAUUAUUUUAGGACCUGUUGUAGUGAAUUGCUACUGAAAAGCCAGUCUAAGGCGAUACACAGAGCACUCGUAAAGCAGCAGUCACAUUAGGGUUAGUAUGAUUAUUUUUUUUUAGAUGUACCAUAAUUAAUGACUUGGCUAGUUGGUUGUUUUAAGUCUAUGAAAGAAAUAGUUUUUAUGAAAAUAAAAAAAAAGAAAAAAAAAAAGGAAGGAAAAAUACCAUUACAGUCUGGUUGACUGGUGCUCAUUUUUCAUGUGGGGACCUAGGGGAUGAACACAAUCAGCUAUCGGGUUAACAGUAUGUACCACUGACAUGUUUAGUGUGAAUAAACCCAGGGGUUCACAGAGUGAUUUUGGUUUAAUUGGAUUGGACUCUAUUAAAGAAGUUAGUAUGUUACUUUGCA